UGCGCAGGCUCGGCCGGGCUCCGCACACCCCAUCAUGGCGCUGCGGCGGCCGGCGCUCGUCCUGCUCCUGCUCCUGCCGCUGCUCGGCUGCAGACUCUUGGCCGUGGAACUGACAUCCAGCAACACCAAGCCCGUGGUGCAGGAAUUCCAGAGUGUUGAGCUGUCCUGCAUCAUUAAAUCCACUGUAACACCAGAUCCCAGAAUCGAGUGGAAGAAAAUCCGAGAUGGUGAAACCUCUUACGUAUUUUUUGACAAUAAAAUGCAGGGAGACUUUGCAACUCGUGCAGAAAUUCUGAGCCGGACAUCGCUGGUGAUUAAAAACACCACCCGGAUGGACACAGCCACGUACCGCUGUGAAGUGGCAGCACCUUCUGAUACUAAAACCAUAGAUGAAAUAAAUAUCCAGCUCACAGUCCAAGUGAAGCCUGUGACUCCCAGAUGCGUAGUGCCUAAAGCUGUACCCGUUGGUAAGACAGCCUCCCUUCACUGCCACGAGAACGAAGGUUACCCAAAGUCUACUUACAGCUGGUAUCGCAACAGCGAACCUUUAUCACCAGACACAAAAUCAAACACCAAAUUCCAGAAUUCGUCCUACAGCUUGAACCCCGCCACAGGCACUCUGGUUUUCCACGCUGUGCACAAAGGUGACACAGGCCGUUACUCCUGCAUAGCAACAAAUGACGCGGGUUUUGCCAAAUGUGAGGAGCAGGAGAUGGAAGUCUAUGACCUCAAUAUUGGUGGGAUAAUUGGUGGAGUCCUGGUGGUCCUAGCAGUUUUGGUGCUCAUCACUCUUGGUAUCUGCUGUGCCUACAGAAGGGGCUACUUUGCAAACAGUAAAGAGACUGGGGAAAGUUACAAGACUCCAGCAAAACCUGAUGGUGUUAACUAUAUCCGGACAGAUGAUGAGGGUGACUUCAGACACAAAUCUUCAUUUGUCAUAUAAGAUGCCAAAAGAAUACUGCAAACCAGCAAAAGCAAGUGUGAAAAUACCUCCUCCAGGAACUCGAAGUGAGAGCAAAAGAUGAAUUAAGUGCGCUUGGAAGAGUUUGGAACACACAAGAACUUGAUAGCUAGCUAUCUGUAUAUCUUUUUUUCUUUGCCAAAGUUUAAAGUAACUCCUCACUGCCCAACUCAUGUCUCCCCUGCCUCUGGAGAUAUCAACGAGAUCACCUAAACCUGUCCUUGGAGUAAGGAAGAGUUUUAAUACUUCCCAAGAGACUGUGCUGUGGAAGUUUGUGGAAUUGCCUUCUCUUUGUGCUGCAGGGACACAGCCACAACAUGCGAACCACCCAGGGGAGUAGCGUUACGUAAACAUGUAGUAGACAUUACUAGUGCAAAUUACUAGUAGGAAAAAAAGGUGCUGACAUGGCAAUAGAAGGACUUCAAAGAAUAAGAUUUACCCAUGCAAGGGGGAGUCUUCCUCUCGGUAGUUUGUUGCCCAGGCCUGGCUGGUGACUUUUACACAUUUGUGAUUGUCUUGUGCUUUUGACUCCCGACUGCUCAGGUGCAGAAUAGGUAUCUGACUAGUCAACAGGAACAGACAGCGAUACAGCAAACGCAACUAAUGUUCCCAGUCCUAUUGUCAACUUACUGAAUUCUCGUUACUCCAUUUAACAAGAAACAGACAGCAUCAGGCCAGAAGGACUGCAUCUGUUCACUGCUUCAUAGAAAGCUCAUUGCACGCAGGUAACCCCUAAUUCUAAUCUGCACAAAGCAGGCUUGCCUCUUGCAUCUUUUGGUGUUCUAAAGAGGCUUACAGUGGAGGCAGAGAACCUAGUGCUGAGACAUCCCUUUCAGGAAAAUUAAAGCCAAAUACUUUCAUGGGCCAAGAUUCCCAGAAAAGGUACUGAGAUGUCUUCAAGCUUUUUUACCUUCUGCGUUUAUUUUGUAAAAUCCCACAUUCUAAAUUUUUUGCAGAGAUAUAUUUUGAUUACUUCAGAAAAAGUAACGUUUCUAUUUAAAGUGUAAAUACAUGAUGCCAGCAGUGUUUAAGUAACGUAGCUAUUUUUUUACUUUUUAAGCUACAGAGAGGAGCUCAAACGUUGCUAUAGUGUGGCACUGUCAGAGCAUAUCAGUAUUACGGCAGCGCGUAAUACAAAACUGCAGGUGGAACAGCAGCUCUUUCCUCUUAAACUAGCCUCUGCAAUUUCCUUGUCACAUGAGGUCUUACAAGACACAGGACAGAGUCACUCAGGGAUAGUUUUUGUAAAUUUAUGGCAGGACCUAUCAACUUUUUUAUAUAUUAAACUUACUUUUCUUGCCAGUGACCAACACUUUGUUUUUGUUGUUGCAAGAAAUAUCCAGGGAUGGCUUUUUGGAUUCAGUUCCAAUAAGGUGACAGAGUGACUUUAAUGUGUUCUACCCUUCUGCAAGAUCCCUAAAGCACUAACACAGUGUGACAGCUACAGCAACUUUACAGGUUUAGAUUGCAUAGCCAAGGCAACUGUUUCUGGAGUUAGGAAAGCAAAAGGUCAGUACAAAACCACUUUUGUAAUGUCAGUUGCAACUUGUCUCUAGAGGGUUAAAAAAAAAAAGACAACAAAUCUAGUUCUCUUGGCUUUAAAGAGAAUACAUGGAAACACGUGUUUCCAAGAAACAUACAUGUUGAUAAUGUUGAAAAGCAUUGGGUAACGUAAAACUGCAAGAUGUGGAUGCAACACUAGAACUGUGCUGUGGUUUAAGAUUUUUUUUUUAAUGUAGCAUAAUUUAGUGUUCUUGUAUUUCCAAUAUGAAUUGAGUUGUCUUAACUUUUCAUGUAUACAGUAUUUUGAAUACUUGA